AAUUAAAAGUAAUGGAUCUGUUGUAACUGGAAUUACAGUUAUUUCACGAAUAUAGCAUUGUGUCAUAUCCUUGAGUAUGUCGGUAUUGUUGCUUACUUUGUAACAUGAACACAUGCUAAUCUGGAAGUGUUUCCACGAAUGUUGCCUACGGCACACCCGUGGGUUUAAUUCUAGCCCACAGAACACAAUUUAAUGAACUAAAACAUAUAACUACCAUAUGUUGCGAAGAGCUUUGCUAUGUCUUCCACUCAACCUUGCUGAAUACCAUGGCGUUUUCAUUACACACUGUAGAUCGAUGUGCCCCGUUGCUACACUUAGUAGAUCUUCCCACUCGUUAAGAAAUAGCUUUAGGGCCUGUAUUAAUGGAAAUAAUACCGGGUGGGUGCCUCUGGAGGAGCUUUAUCCAACGGAGUCUGAUGAGACCCAGGACCACAGUAGUGCGUAUGUUACAAAUGAACGAAGAAUCAAUACUGUAAACCAGUUGAUGUAUGUUGCCAGGAAGGGCUUAAGAUGCCAAGUGUUCGAUUGCCAUCUGUGGCAUGAGCUUUAUGACCGAUCGUUAGAUUUAGCCCCGGAAUUUACACCUAGACAGUGGGUAGAGCUGUUACAUAUAUACAAGCGCAUUAAAAUGCGGCAUACAGGCUUGUUAGACCUGGUCACUAGGGAGCUUCUGUACCGUUUGGACUCAUUACAGUUAGAGGAUCUUAGCAAGUUGGCCCUAUGCUUCGGAUGGCAUGGUUACUGUCAUCGGGAUAUGUUCAGCCGUAUCGCGGAUGUGGUAAUCACUAGACUCACGCGAACUAGAAUGGAAGAGGUUCCUGAAGAGGGUAGUAAUGAGGUAACGGACGAAUCUGAGUCCACAAACAUCGCAAUGUCAAAAAUUACAUCGUAUACACAUCUUUUGGGUGCAUUCGCUAAAUGUGACCAUGGGCACAAAGAGCUGUUUGAAGCAGUUGCAGUUGAGCUUAUUCAGCUUCUUAAAUCCAAGGAGAUGCUGAUACCCCCUGGCUUCCUGGCAAAGGUUUUCGCGUCAUACGCUCGUUUCGGAUAUAGGCAUGUGCCACUGUUCGAUGCACUGUCCAAGGAGAUGCUGACAGCUAAGAUACCCAUUGAGCAGCUGUCAAGGAUCGAGCACAUGGUCAAGUCCUUGGAUUACAACAACGAGAUCCUGAAUACAGUGUUCGCCUAUCGAUUGGGCAACAGCGUUCAAGCAGGGUGAUUCUCCAGGACAGAAUCCAUUUAGUGAUACACACAAAU